AUGUCCGUCACAUUUGCAAAAGCCCCAGACCUUGCGAAGACCCAAGCCGAACAAAUCACCCAGUGGACCCAAAAGCUGAUCGAUGCCGUAACGAAGAUUCGACAAGAUGCACAGGCUGCCGCAAAUGUGUGCCAAGAACGCCUCCAGGUCACAAUUCGCGAGCUUAGCACGCGUGGGAAUGCAACAAAGAAGAAGAUCUUAGAAAACAAUAAUCUGGAUACAUCGCGAACUGUAAAGGCAAACUUCAGGCUAGUGUUUGGGCCGCCAAAACACUCGGAAUACUGCAGCAAAACCACGAAAUAUGCAAUGGAAUCCAAUGCUGUGAGGAUUAAAACAGUUCGUGGGCUAUGCGAAAGUUAUCCCGACGCUGUUAUCACCCUAUCAACGAGCUAUCCUACCAAAGUGUGGACGGAAUCAAGCGCGGAAUUAUUUGACGGUCUCAUAAAGGUGUUGAAGAAGGAUGCGGAGAAAGAAGUAGGGGUGAAUUGGCCAAGCGAGAUUUUGGAUAUCAUGGAUGCGCUUGCAGAAGAAAGGCCGAUGUGUGACGAGUUCAAGGUACUUCGUGUUGAGACCGAUGGCAAGUGUGUUGGCUAUUCUGCAGAGCGAAUUCUCACCUACGAUGACCAGGCACGAUGUGGUGUUCAUGUUUUGGCUUCUUUCCCAUUUCCAUUGUCGACUGUUCUGGAGCGCCGUUCUGAAUGGUUCAGAUAA